CGGGAUGUGUGCGUACUGACGACGCUGUAUCUAUAUGUUGUAUAGCAUCCAGGAUAACCUAGUCAUAUAUCGCGCCGCUAAAGAGCCAGGAAAGCCGAGAUGGAAAGCGACGCCGGCCAGGGACCAAACAACGACGAAACGGCCCCGGUCUGGCGUUCUUCUUUCUCCUCUCAGGCAUGGCCGACCGGCCAAAAAUAGCAUAGCAGGCGAGAUAUAUAAUAGAGACAGACAUUCCCUGUUGAACUUUACCCAAAGCAAGAAUGGUCUCUGCCAGUAUCAACGGCGACGCUCCUGUGACUCACAACAUGUCCACGGCUUCAUCAUCAAGCGUCAACACCCCCUAUACCUACUACCAGCCAGAAUCUUCGGAAGACAUUCUUCGGCUUCGAGGCGGGUGCUUGACCUAUUAUCUCAUCCAACGCUACAAGAGGUCAAAGGAGAGGAAGAAGCGCCAGGCUGCGGCCGACGCGGAGGGGCACCAGCAAGGUGGACAAUUGCCGGGCGAAAAGAUCGCAGAGCAGCCUCAGCAGACCGCCGUAUAGCAUGGAGGGUAUAUUUAGGGGUCUUGCUAUGGACUUUGUAUCAUUCGUUAUCUGUGCAAUGUCAACCAAGAGGUCUGCA